UAAACAUUUCCAGCUGGGAUUGCCAGUCGGUUUCUCCUGUCAACCGUUUGUGUAUCCUAUGGUUGAUGUAAAUAAAUUCAAAGUUUGUACGAAUCUGCUGGCGAUCGUGGUGACAAGUGAGAUAUCAAGGCAUGUUCUUCAACCGCCUGAGGAGUUUACCCUGCCUGGGAGGCGGAGGCGGAGGAGGAGGAGGCGCCGGCGGCAGGAGCUGCGAUGAGAUCCUGCCCAAGGAGCCGGUGGUGCUCAACGUGUACGAUCUGGUGGACACCAACGACUAUACCAUGGCGCUGGGCGUGGGCUUCUUCCACUCGGGCGUCCAGCUGUAUGGCCGCGAGUACGGAUUCGGCGGCCACGAGUUCGCCAUGUCGGGCAUCUUCGAGAUCCGGCCCUGCAACGGGCAGGCGGAGCUGGGCGAGCACUUCCGGUUCCGGGAGAGCAUCCUGCUGGGUUACACACAUCUCAGCAGCACCGAGGUGGAGCGCAUCGUCCAGCAGCUGGGGGCGCAGUUCCAGGGGAAUAGCUACCACCUGACCAGCAAGAACUGCAACCACUUCUCCAACAGCCUGGCCCGCAUCGUCUGCGGCCGGAAGAUCCCGGGAUGGGUGAACCGACUGGCCUACCUGAUCACCUGCGUCCCCUUCCUCGAGCGCUGCAUGAUCCCCAGUCCGUCGUAUCACCAGCAUCAUUAAUUUUCAAUUAACUAAAGGCCAAUUAAAUCUUU